AUGCUGAGUAGUUUUGCUGCCUCCCUAACCCAGUCGGUCAGACCAGUGACUAUUAAGGUUUACCUCAGUGCUAUCAAGAACCUGCACCUGGAGCUCGGUUAUGUCGACCCGACCGAGGGCGCGCACUUCCUCAAGCGAGUGGUACGCGGUAUUUGCCGUUGCCAUGGAGUAGCCGCUGUCCGCCCCCGGCUGCCAAUCACGUUUCCUAUUCUCUGCAGUCUGGUUGACACCUGCCUAGCUGCUCCAGCCAUGUGCCCUCACGACAAGCGCUGCCUGCAUGCCGCUAUGCUUGCCGUGUUCUUUGGUUUCUUCAGAUGCGGUGAACUGCUAGAAGCACCUACCACGCGCGGCUGUUUGACAUUCGAGUCAGGGAUGCUCCAUGUGCACCUACCACGCUCGAAGACAGACCCGUCCGGGGAAGGUACGACGGUGCUGAUCGGGCCAGCGGUGCCGCCAUACUGCGCUGUGAGAGCCAUGCUCACCUACCUCACUGCAACCGCCUCUGCUCGUCCAGGCAGUGCUGUGUUCAUCCUGGCCAACGGGCAACGCCUCAACCACAGCACUUUUACAGCCCACGUACGCACGCUGCUUAGCACCAGCGGCGUGGCAAACUGGCAGGACUAUGCAGGCCACAGCUUCCGUAUCGGGGCCGCUACCACUGCUGCCCUUGCUGGCGUCCCCGACCACCAGAUCCGCUCCGCGGGACGGUGGCGCAGUGAUGCAUGCCUACGCUACAUCCGGACACCACCGUCAUCGGCCCGAACGCUGGCCAGCAAACUAUCCUCAAGCUCACUGACUUGUCAGUUUGAGCACUUUGGCAAGGCCUGGCCGUCUUUUCCUACUGUGAAGUCGAAUAAUGACGAAGAGACAGAUGACGACGAGGCGGAUAAUGACGAGGCGGCCGAUGACGACGAGGCAGAUGACGAUGAGACGGCUGGUGGUGAUGGUGAUAAAACGGACGAGGAGGAGUCAGGUUGCAGGGAAGGUGAUGGAGCUUAUGAGGGUGAAGUUCGUAACAACAGUUGA